UGGGAGGGGUGAGAGGGCGAGAUGAGUUCAGAGAGCCUUCCUUCUCUCUCAAGCAAGAACUUGCUUCCAUUGCAUUAAUGGAGUUGAACCCGCCGCUCCCUCCGCACUUAGGGGAAGCUCCUCCCUAGUCGCUACCCAUCCACUAUCAAUAGCUUCUAGUUUCUCCUCAAACCUUAAAGAAAGUUUCCUUCUUGAUCGUACCCAGAAGAAACCCAAUUCACCUGAAGUUCUCUCUCGCUUUUGCUCUGAUCAUCAAGAAGAGGAGAAACAGAAGCACCCAAUUCGCCAUGGAACCCAGCUCGCCCCACACAAUCCCCGUCUUCGCGACCCUCGCUUCGCCGUACGACAGCUCGACUCAAAUCAACGGCUUUCGGAAGCCGAUCAGCCUGUGGCCGGGGAUGUACCACUCGCCGGUGACGAUCGCCCUGUGGGAGACGAGGUCGAGGACCUUUGAGAGGCUCCUCGACCCCCCCAAGGACGCGCCUCCGCAAAGCGAGUUGCUGGUCAGGACGCCGUCGCAGAGCAGGACCAGCAUCUUGUACAGCUUCUCGUCGGAUUACAUUCUGAGGGAGCAGUACAGGGACCCCUGGAACGAGGUCAGGAUUGGGAAGUUGCUCGAAGACCUCGAUGCUUUGGCCGGUACCAUCUCGGUCAAGCACUGUUCUGAUGAGGAUAGCACAACGAGACCACUUCUUCUAGUUACUGCAUCAGUUGACAAGAUUGUCUUGAAGAAGCCAAUCAGUGUCGACAUCGAUCUGAAAAUCGUUGGUACUGUCAUAUGGGUUGGGAGCUCAUCCAUGGAAAUUCAACUUGAAGUGAUUCAGUUAUCUGGAGAGGAGUCUAAUGCCACAAACUCAGUGGCAUUGACAGCCAACUUCAUAUUUGUCGCUCGGGAUUCUAAGACCCAUAAAGCUGCUCUGGUGAAUCGGCUCUCCCCUGAGACUGACCGAGAGAAAUUGCUUUUCAAAGAGGCAGAAGCUAGAAGUAAGCUGAGGAAAAGAAAGAGUGUAGGAGAAAGAAAGGAAACUGACGACGGAAUUGCGAAGAGACUAAACGAGUUGUUGGCCGAGGGAAGGAUUUUCUCUGAUAUGCCUGCCUUAGCAGAUAGAAACAGCAUUCUUCUAAGGGAUACCCGUCUUGAGAAUUCUUUGAUUUGCCAGCCCCAGCAGAGGAAUAUCCAUGGUCGGAUAUUCGGAGGGUUUCUAUUGCACCGAGCAUUUGAGUUGGCUUUCUCCACAGCUUAUGCCUUUGCUGGCUUGGUGCCUUGCUUCCUAGAGGUUGAUCAUGUUGAUUUUUUGAGACCUGUGGAUGUUGGAGACUUUCUGAGGUUCAAGUCAUGUGUGCUGUACACUGAACAAGAGAAACCGGAUGGGCCUCUGAUCAACGUUGAAGUUGUCGCCCAUGUCACAAGGCCCGAGCUCAGGUCUAGCGAGGUAUCAAACACCUUCUACUUCACUUUCACAGUGCGCCCCGAGGCAAAAGCUCUGGAAGAUGGAUUCAGAAUUAGGAACGUGGUUCCUGCGACAGAGGAGGAAGCGCGGCGUAUUUUGGAGCGCAUGGAUGCUGAGACCUUGCAGCUGUAAUCCCCAGAUGGGUAUGCAUGUAAUUUUACGCCAAGGGUAAUCAUUCAUUGGUAAUAUGGAGUAUCACGCAACAGACGUAGAGUGCCGACAUGGCUCAUACAUGAAAUUAUAUGUAGCUAAUUGACAUGUUCAGCCGGGAUGUAGGGAUAGCUCGACAUUGAUGGCUUCCUGCACUUUUAUCUCGCAAAAGGAAAACGUAGGUAUUGCCAUUGAAGUUGUAGAGCAUGUGCAAUGGCUUUGCCUACACCGAUUUGAUUGGAUUCGGUGCGUGUCAUGAUCAUAUUCUCGG